GGAUGUGGGCUGGAUGGUGGCGAAGUCAAGAUGGCUGUGGAGCUCCGGCAGGGUAGGAAACCUGCAGCAGGGAGGCCCUGAAUGAGAUUUUCUACCGAAAACCCUACGUUCCCACCGCUGGCGUCGCCAUUGACCUGUGACGGACUCUGAGGGUUCAUCGACAGCAACAGGAUCCCAAACAACUGGGGGGGGGGGAGAAAGUCUCGUAUGAAUUCCGACGAGAAGGAGGACUGUGAGUGUGCGCCACCACAGGCCGAGAGGAGCCCCGCAGGAGGAGCCCAGAGUGAAUACGAGGAGCCUGAAAUAGAAAACCCAGAAGCCAGCCGAAUGAAGCGAGCAGCUGCCAAGCAUCUAAUAGAGCGCUAUUACCACCAGUUAACAGAAGGCUGUGGGAAUGAGACGUGCUCGAACUCGUGGUGCGCCUCGUCAGUCGGCUUUAACCGCAUGGACAACAAUGCAGCGGCGGUUAAAGCCCUCGAACUUUACAAGGUUAAUGCCAAGCUCUGCGACCCUCACCCAUCAAAGAAAGGUACGGCGUCGGCCUACCUGGAAAGCGGUGCUCACAGCAACUCAGCCUGCAGUAACAGGAAAGUGAACGACAAACAUGUUCACUCUAUACGGGACAAUUUUAAAGAUGUAAAUUACCUGACAGAAGAGAAAGUGUACGAGAUCUUGGACAUCUGUGGAGAGAACGAGGACUACUCUCCACUGAUCAGAGUAAUAGGUCGGGUUUUCUCAAGUGCCGAGGGCCUGGUGCAGAGUUUUCGGAGAACCAAACCACACACAAAGGAGGAACUAAAGUCUCUUCAAGGUAAGGAUGAGGACAAGGAUGAAGAUGAGAAAGAAGCUGCUGCUGCCUGCUCCGCCACAGCGAUGGAGGAUGAUUCCCCUGCUGCCUCUUCAUCAAGGGUCGGAGAGGGCUGUUCAGGGGAUAAUGAUGUCCAAAAGCUGGCCCCAGAUGAGGUAUCUGUGGACAUUGAGGCUGUGCGCCGGGUCUACGAACGCCUACUUUCCAAUGAGAAGAUAGAAGCAGCCUUUUUGAAUGCACUGGUCUACCUCUCGCCAAAUGUAGAGUGCGACCUAACCUACCACAACGUAUAUUCUCGUGACCCCAACUACCUGAACCUAUUUGUGAUAGUGAUGGAAAAUAGCAACCUGCACAGCCCAGAGUACCUGGAGAUUGCUCUCCCGCAGUUCUGCAAGGCCAUGAGUAAACUCCCGCUGGCAGCUCAGGCCAAGCUGGCACGCCUAUGGUCCCACUACAGCGCUGAGCAAAUUCGACGUAUGGUGGAAACCUUCCAGCAGCUCAUCACCUACAAGGUGAUCUUCAUGGAGUUCAACAGCCGCAACCUGGUCAAUGACGACGACGCAGUGGUGGCAGCCACCAAGUGCUUGAAGAUUGUCUACUAUGCAAACGUGCUGGGUGGGGACCUGGAUGUGGAGCACAAUGAGGAUGAGGACGAGGAGCCCAUCCCUGAGUCCAGUGAGCUCACGCUGCAAGAGCUGUUAGGGGAAGAACGGCGAAACAAAAAGGGCCCUCGGGUGGACCCGGUGGAGACUGAGUUGGGGAUCCGCACUAACGAUUGUCGGCGGCCACUAGUUCCCUUUGAGGAGUUUGUGAAUGAGCCUCUAAACGAGGUACUGGAGAUGGACAAAGACUACACUUUCUUUAAGGUUGAAACGGAAAACAAGUUUUCCUUUAUGACGUGCCCCUUCAUCCUAAAUGCAGUCACAAAAAACCUUGGUCUUUACUACGACAACCGCAUCCGCAUGUACAGCGAGCGGCGUAUCACAGUGUUGUACAGCUUAGUGCAGGGUCAGCAGCUAAACCCAUACCUGCGGCUCAAGGUGCGGCGAGACCAUAUCAUUGACGAUGCUCUGGUCAGGCUGGAAAUGAUAGCAAUGGAAAAUCCUGCAGACUUGAAGAAGCAGCUGUAUGUGGAGUUUGAAGGAGAGCAAGGUGUUGAUGAAGGAGGUGUUUCCAAAGAGUUUUUCCAACUAGUGGUGGAGGAAAUCUUCAACCCAGACAUCGGCAUGUUCACGUAUGAUGAACGAACCAAAUUGUUUUGGUUCAAUUCCUCGUCCUUUGAAAACGAGGGCCAGUACACACUGAUCGGCAUCGUUCUGGGUCUGGCCAUUUAUAACAACUGUAUUCUGGAUGUCCACUUCCCCAUGGUGGUCUACAGGAAACUGAUGGGCAAAAAAGGAACCUUCAGGGAUCUGGCUGAUGCCAAUCCAGUGCUGUACCAGAGUCUGAAGGAGCUGCUGGAGUAUGAAGGCAGCGUGGAGGAGGACAUGAUGAUCACUUUCCAGAUUUCACAGACAGACCUGUUUGGUAACCCGCUCAUGUAUGAUUUAAGAGAAAACGGGGAUAAGAUUCCAGUCACAAAUGAAAACAGAAAGGAAUUUGUGGCCCAGUACUCGGAGUACAUUCUGAACAAAAGUGUAGAGAAACAGUUCAAAGCAUUCAGGAGAGGCUUCCACAUGGUCACCAACGAGUCGCCGCUCAAGUACCUCUUCCGGCCAGAAGAAAUCGAGCUGCUUAUCUGUGGAAGCAGGAACCUGGACUUCCUCGCACUUGAAGAAACAACAGAAUAUGAUGGUGGUUACAACAGACAUUCACGAAUCAUCAAAGAAUUUUGGGAGACUUUGCACUCGUUCGGUGAAGAGCAGAAGCGACUCUUCCUGCAGUUCACCACUGGCACUGACCGAGCACCUGUAGGGGGGCUGGGCAAGCUGAAGAUGAUCAUCGCCAAGAACGGCCCUGACACAGACAGGUUACCGACGUCUCACACGUGCUUUAACGUGUUGCUGCUGCCUGAGUACAGCAGUAAGGAGAAGCUGCGAGAGAGACUGCUGAAAGCCAUCACCUAUGCCAAAGGAUUUGGCAUGCUCUGAGCCUCGCCCCCCGCCCCUCCCACUCCAGACGUUUGGCGAAAGGGACUCGAUCUCAGAAAGCCUCUACGCCCCAGCUCCCGCCUCCUUCCUUUAUCAGACACGGUUAAUCAGAAACGGUGGCAAAAGACUAAGAAAGAGUUUGGAAGGGAAACAAAAGCAAGUCAGUUAUAAAAAGGAGACAUGGUUCCAAUAGAGCACUCUGGUAGUUUCUUCUACUGUGCCUGUAUCAUCCGUCAUCAGUGUGAGCACACAGACCUGAUCAAAUUUCCCACUCCGCCAGCAUCCACUUCACGUGAAUGUGCUGCAGCCUCCCCUUCCUUUUUUUUUUUCUAUGUACAGAGAAGAUCAUUUUCCUUAUUAUUUAUUUGAAGGUUACCGUACAUUUUUUCCAAGCCUGCCUGUUUUUUCCCUAAUCAUGGAAGAGAGAGGGUUAAUAUUAAACUUUGUGAAUUGAAGACUUUGCAUCAAAAAGUUGAUUUGAACUUAAUUUCACAAAACAAAAACUAUGUCGUCAAAGCCUUUAAAGUCUCGAUCUCAUGAUGUUGACAGAUUAGGUCAAGUUUUAGUGUAGAGUGUACAGAAUACACAUUAUUGUAUUUCUCAUGGGAAAACUAAGGAGCUCUAGCCAUGGCUGUUGUGGUGGUUGUUGUUGGUUUUUUUUUUUUUUUCUUAGUCAAACCAUUUAUACUGGUUUGAUUCAAGCUGCUCUUACACGCCCUUGCUUGGUCUGUUUUGUUUUUCCAGGCACGUGCAGUGUAAAAGGACAUUAAUACCUACAAACUUUUUAGUUAUGAAUAAAGGAAUGCCCAAUAGGAAUAAAAGAGCGAAAAACAUUCUGUGCCGAGCAAAAAAGAAGGAUGUAAACACAGCAUAGCAAUAACCACAACAGCUCUAGCUUCAGCUGAUUACUGUAAUCCUUAUCAAGCAGGUUUAUGGUAAAGAUAAGCAAUGAGAAAAUUCCAGUCAUUUAGUUUAAUUUUUUUUAUUUUUUUUAUUUAAGGCCUUUUUUUUCUCCCCAGACGGGUGAGCGGACAACGCACAUUCGACUAAAACCUUGUCAGAGCUGUGUAAGUGCACUUAGACAUUUUCAUAAUGUUUUUUUUUUGUUUUGGUUUUAGGCCUCAAUCCACCACCAUUGAUUGUUUGAAACAUUCUACUUCCAUAUCUUCAUUUGUUGGAGAUUCCAAAUGUAAACCCACAGUAUUUAUAUAUCAGCAAGGUCAUGCGAUGACAGCAUAUCAGGCAUGUUUUUCGAGGACACACUCUUGUCAGCCUGUCAGUGACAAUGUUCUCACAUGGAGAAACAGAUUCAUUUUUGUGCCAACCCUUGCAGUCGGCUGAAGAGUGAACCCUGUUGCAGUGCUGUGUAGAUUGGCAGGCGCGCUUAAUUUUUGAAGCAGAAGUUGGUACAACAGUGUCGGUCAUGUCCAAAAACAAAAGGCCACAUAAGCAUUUCUUCGUUUUUGCUCAAAUAAUGGGCUUUCCAAAUAAAAGCGGUCUCUGUUCACACCAGCGUUUUGGCUCCAUAUUUGUUUUUAUCCUUGUUCACAUUUGCCUGAUUUGCCUUAAAACCCAAGUUGCGAGACCACUGAUCCAUUUUUGUAGUGAUAAAACAUUGCUGGAUACAAGUUCCAAUUGUUACUCAAUGCUCAGACGAGAGCUCAUCCCUGCCCCCUAGCGAGCUGCAUAUAGACUUAUGGCCAAGCACUGCUGACAAAGACCUACAGAAAAACAGGAUUGUUGCUGGUUUGUCCAAGUUGAGUGAAGUAGUUGCAGAGAUUUCGUUCUUCUUAAAAUUAAACCUGAUGAAAGUUUUGGGAAACAGUGAUUGCAACUUUCCUGUUCUGGCCUUUUUACAAUCAAACUCUGCUGUGUAGUUUGAAGAAUUGCAAAAAGUUAUGACCAAAAAAUUACAUUUGGUUGAAAUUUGGUUAACUGUGGGGAAAAAUUGCUUGGUGAACGGAUAAUAAAAAGUGAACCAACUAAAGGACAAAUGAUUCAAUAACAAAAGCAGGAAAUCAAUAUCAGAAGCCAGAGUUUUUCAAUGUGGAGAGCAAACCCCUAGAGGAAACAGUGAUGUACUGGAAAAUCAUUUUAUACAAGCACUUCAUGUGGCGUUGUUUAAUAGAAGAGCCCCUGUGUGAUUUUUACAUGUAAAACACAAAGUUCUUGCCCCGGUGAUGUGAAUUCACACCUGUGUGAAAUGUGAGACUCGACUUGAGUUUGUGGUGGUGAUGGCAGCCAAGCGGGCUUUCAGAGUGCUGCUGUAAACGCCAAACCUGAGCCAUCUGUCUUUUGUCCUCUUGUUCUUUUUUUUUUUUUUUUCAAUCAUCCUGGUUUCAACCUGAUCUGGUGUUUUGUUGUGUGAGCUUAAGCAAGAAGAAUGGCAGAACAAACACUGGACAUAUAGCAAAUGUAUAUGUGCUUAACAAGUACAGCUGAACCCUGUUAAGCCUGACAAGAAAAUGGUUAGUUAUUUGGAGACUGUAUUUAGUCCAGAUCUGGUUUCAACUGUUCUACAUUUUGUUGUACCUGUGUUUGUAACCCUGUAGCUGCUGCUCACCAUGGCUCUAGUGCUUCGAAGGUCUAUAGAAGGAAAGUCUACUUGAUUUUGGAAAGGGAAACAUUUUUAAUAAUUGGUGUUCCGAAACGUUAAAAAGAAAAAUGAGUAGAGGUUUAAAAAAAAAAAA